AUGCCCUCCCGCCGCAGUCAUACCAAGUCCCGGAAGGGUUGUCUUCAAUGUAAGAAACGGCAUGUGAAGUGCGACGAAGAGACACCACGAUGUGGCCUGUGCAAGAAACGAAGACUGGAUUGCACAUACCCACCGUCAAGUGAAGCGGAUAGCCAGCAUGCAUCCACACCCCAGGAUAUGCCUGAUGUAUUUCCUGGUCCCGAAGGAGAACCGCAAUCAGACAGAAUGCUUGAGAUGAAACUAUUCCACCACUAUGUAACAGAGACAUACAUCACACUCUGUCAAGGCCGUCUAGAUGCUCACCACUUCCAAGUGGUUGUCCCACGGAUCGCGGUCUCUCAUGCCUUCUUGCUGGACAGCCUACUAGGAUUGUCUGCUCUUCAUCUAGCGUACCUGAACACUCACGAUAACCGUUCAUGGCUAGAAAUCGCACUCAAGUAUCAGAACCGAGCAUGUUCAGCAUUCACCCGUGUACUUGCAGAAAUGACAUCUGAAAAUUGCGCACCAGCCUUCCUGUGCUCCAUCUUCAUUAUGCUCUGCGCAACAGCCUAUCCGUGUGUUACCCAGGACAAACAUACAUUCGAGCCGCUAUCCCAUGUUUUGGAGAUUCGACAGCUCAUAGCGGGCUGUGCGUUUCUUUUCGAGCAGCUUAGCGGCAUGGAGUAUCGGGGCGACCUCCAGGGGUGGCUGAAGUAUAAGGAUGACGAGGUCGACCAAGAUGGAAAUCCCUACCAUGUACAGGAAUCUCAGAUCAAACUACGCAGUGCCAUCAUGGAAUCUUUGCAGCGGGUGCAAGACAAAUUCACCAGCCUUGGUGGGCCGAACCAGUCUACAUACCAAAAUACGUGGGAUAUUCUUCAUGAAGCCAUCAAACGAUGGCCGUUCGGUGGCCCAAACGGUGGCAUCAUUGCGUGGCCCAUAAACAUCAGCGAAGACUACAUUGCUCUGCUGAAAAGUGGAGACUGGGUGGGCCGCGUGCUAUUUCUACACUACGGGGUAGGAUUGCACCUUCUCUCUGACAAGUGGUUUGUCCGCGACUGGGGCCGGCGUCUUAUUGAAACAGUCCUGCAAUUGGAGGAAGAUAUCCCCCCCAUUUGGACGGAAACCAUUACAUGGACAAAGGAGGCCGUGGAGCUCUAA